AUGCCGCGGAACUGUGCCGCACAGGGCUGUUCAUACAGCGUGUGGUACAGCGGAAGGCCUAUGCAUACAUUUCCAUCCGAUCCCACACUGCGGAAACUAUGGAUUCGCGUCGCCCGCCCCUCCCAACCAACGUGGGUGCCCGCCAAAGGCGACUGUCUAUGUACGGACCACUUCGCAGAGGAGGACUACGUGAGGAGCCCAGCAGUUCUGCGAAGUCUUGGGCUGCCGGUGAAGCAUGUUUUUCUGAAACCCGGCGUGGUGCCGUCGUUGUUCACGCGGAAGCGCAAGCAAGCGCAACUGAGCGGCGUCGAGGAGAAACGGCGACGCGAAGAGAUAAUUGACGAACUGCUCAAAGAACCGCCACAAGCCACGGUCACUGAGACAACUGAAGUGGUGCUCAACGCAUCAACCUCUUUCGCUGCCUACACUGAGCAAAGCCCCAAGGCUCGACAUGAUCCAAUAAAGGAAACGAGCAUACAAGUUACCCCUGAAACGCCAUCCAGGCACACUCAGACAAAUCCGGUCGUCGUGACACCACAGUGUUCAUCACCGAACCACGUCCCCCAGGCUCAAUUAGACUGGACGUUGCCUAACGUGCAGAAGCAAUUGCUAACAUCACCAUCGCUGCCGCUAGUGCCACCAGAUCCGCCUCAACCACCAGAGCCACCGACAGUUGUUGAGGAAGAACACAGUCAAGACGACUUGGAAGAUGUGGAUGGGGACUCCCUAAAAGAGCUUCAACCGAAACAUGUGGAAGCAGACGUCAGCUACCGCCCCUCCGACGCCAGCUUUCGGAUGAUGUUGUCGGACAACAGCCUAAGGGAUGACCAGGUCAACACAGCUUUUCAGGACAAUACAAGCACCGGUGGUGGUGUUGUGGACUACAUCUCUGAACGAAAGUUUAUCACUUUUGAGUCGUGUCUGGACGAGCUCCUGAUGAGGUGCCCAAAGUGCACUGCCCUCAUGCGCACCUCAAGGAAAAAAGUCAAGGGGCCUUUUUGUGUAACGCACAUGUGCUAA